AGAACACUUAGAGUUCACACAUUUGUAACUGUACUUUAUUCACAUAUUUUUAACUAUACUUUCUAUAGUUCAAAUGGAAAUUCAAUUCCAACAACAGCCAAGAGAAGGUAAUAGAGUGUCGGUGCCAAAACCGAGCAAAGGGAGAGGUAAAAAUAGCAAUGGAAACAACAAUAACAAGUUUGUGGGAGUGAGACAGAGGCCUUCAGGGAGAUGGGUAGCCGAGAUCAAAGACACGACACAAAAGAUUAGGAUGUGGCUUGGGACAUUUGAAACGGCUGAAGAAGCUGCUCGAGCCUAUGAUGAAGCUGCGUGCCUUCUUCGUGGUUCAAAUACACGAACAAAUUUCAUAACCCAUGUGUCUCAUAACUCCCCACUAGCUUCCAGGAUACGAAACUUACUCAACAGCAAGAAAAUGGCAAAAAAGAAGAAUCUAGAUUGUCCAAUGCCCUCCGUUAUUCCAGCUACGUUUAACGUUGCUAGUAGUGUAAGUAUUGGUAGCUCUAGUAGAAGCAAUAGUAGUAGUAGUAGCUCGAGUAAUAGUGGUGGAAGUGGAGAUUCGCUUUCUUCUAGCGACAAACUAGAAGAAAAUGUUUCUCAAUUGUUUGAUGAUGCUUAUAAGCCAGAUUUGAGCAACUGCUCUUCUGAAAAAUCCGAUUUUUCAUGGACCGUUGGAUCUAAAAGUGAUCAUAGAUAUCGAAUGAAUCAAGCAACACUUGAUUUUCCAAAGAAUGUGGUAAUGCCCGAGAUGAAUCCUGGAAUGGAGUUUUCUGAAUUUGAUAGGAUGAAAGUGGAAAGACAGAUAUCGGCUUCUUUGUACGCUAUGAAUGGAGUUCAAGAGUAUAUUGACACUGUUAAUGAUCCUAAUGAUGCAAUUUGGGAUCUUCCGCCUUUAUGUUCUUUGUUUUGUUGAUUUUAACAUUUUAGAAUUUAAUCGCAGUUUUUUAGAAUAACAAGGAGCUUUUGAGAGAUGAAAUUGAUGUACAUGUUCUUGUUGUUGCUAAAUUUAGCACAAAAAAAAGAAAAAAAAAUAUACCAAGUU